CUAUUGUGUACAUGGCGCGUAACGAACCCAACAUCUGACCUCUUUUGAGGAUCACGACAAAUGACACAAUUCAAAAUCCACCGCCACCACCAACAACAACAAAUUGAGAUCCUCUAGCUCCGAUAAUCUCACCCAUGGUCAGAGAAAAUCAAGAACAAGAACACCUUUGUCGUGGCCUAAUCGUCGGGAAUUACUGCCACGAUGUUCUCAUCAAAGACGACGUCGUGAUCGCCGAUAGCCUCGGCGGCGCCGCGGCCUUCAUCUCGGCCGUCCUCGACGGCCUCUCUAUUCCCUCCGCCUACGUCUCCAAGGUCGGUCCCGACUUCGCCUACGAUGUCAAUCACCACCCCAUCGUCUCCUCCUCGCUCACCACUCUCUUCCACGCCCAUUUCUCUUCCGAACCCACCGAAUCGAGACGCCAGGAUCGGGUCCUCAGUCGGGUCCGAUCCUGCGAUCCGAUUCUCCCAUCGGAUCUUCCCGACUCCAGAUUCGAUUUCGGUAUGGCGGUUGGGGUCGCUGGAGAGAUACUCCCCGAAACCCUAGACCGAAUGCUAGGAUUAUGCCGCGUGGUGUUCGUUGACAUUCAGGCGAUCAUUCGAGUUUUUGAUUCUGAAGAUGGAACAGUGAGGCUGGUUGGGUUGAUGGAAAGUGGGUUUUCUCACCUAUUGCCUCGAAUUGGGUUUCUCAAAGCUUCGGCUGAGGAAGCCCCUUUCAUUGAUGUUGAGGAGGCUAGGAAAUUGUGCUGUGUUGUUGUGACAAAUGGGAAGGACGGUUGUACUGUGUAUUGGAAGGAUGGGGAAUCCCACAUUGCGCCAUUUCCGACGGUUCAGGUCGAUCCCACCGGCGCUGGUGAUAGUUUUUUAGGGGGUUUUGUUGCCGGGCUUGUUCAAGGGUUGCCGGUGCCGGACGCUGCACUGUUGGGUAAUUUUUUUGGUUCUCUCACUGUAGGGCAUGUUGGAUUUCCCAAUUUUGACUCAAGAUUGUUGCAGAGAGUCCAGGAUGAGGUGCGGAGGAGAAAGUUGCAGUGCAGUGGCUGCAUUGAGGAACGAGAUGAUAGAAUGAAGUUUGUGAAGCCAUUAGGUCAUGAUCAAUUCCAUGCAUCACUUGCUGCAACCAAAUUAACAUCCUCCUGUAGUAACUGGGAAUGCCAACAGGAAUUGCGGAGUUCUCCUGUAGCGGUAGAGCAGGAUAUCCACCAGCAGUACACCAGUCAGCAGAAAUUAUUACUUAAUUCAGUGUUUGAAGAACCAAUUCAGUCGGUUAAUAGAACACCUUGACACGGGAAAUCCUCCCAAUUUUCCAGACCCCUGUUCAUUUUUCGAUUAUGCAUAGGUUUUUUGUUGAACAAAUAAAGAUUUCCUAGCAUGAAGCUUUGUGUUGGUUAUGUGAUCCAAUUUGUGAAGCAUUCAAUAGGCAAAUCAAACCCUCCACCUCCAUCUUGUAUAGGCCAGGUACCUUGUGUGCUCACAAAUAUAUUUUCCCGGCUGUGUAACAUUUUGAACAAUAGACUUGACCAAUUGCUUUCUGAAUGGUGUGGAUGUCAAGGAUCUGAAGUUCGGGUAGAGGCCAUAGGUGGCUACAACUUGCCAUAAUUCCAAGGGUGCAAGCAUGAAAUGGUGGUGUAAAAUCAUGGUGAUUAUGGUCGCUGACCCUUGAUGCAUAGUUCACUUUCUAAUACAAACUUGAUUUUUGUUUUCAGCAACUCCACUUACGUGCUGGUUUUUGUAUCAUUCAUUUUAACUUAAAAAGGAUAUAGUGUAGUUAUAAGUUGUUUGGCUUCUAAGCAAGUAAAGCAAUGUUGCCUAGCCUAUACAGAUGCUGUUUUUUUUAUUAUCAUUCAUUCUCUUUCAAGUGUAGCAAAGCACGUGUGACA